AUGUCAAAUAUGCCUGAUCUCGGAAUAAAUGUUCCAAUCCACAACACCGAUGAAAAUGAAGAUGACGAUGAUGAAUCAACAAAUAUAGUUAAUGUACAUGAUCCAUUCUUUCUUUGGGGUAUAUUUGAACACAAAGAUCGCGCAUUAAUUCGUGCAAUAGGUGCAUUGUCAGACGCUGAUUGCAGUCGUCUAUAUUGGUCAUGUCAUUAUCAUAAACAUAACAGAGUAUGUCAAUAUGUAUUAGAUAAUAAUGCACCUGUAUGUAUUGCACGUGAUGCUAUUGAAAAAAUUUCAAUAAUGGCAAAAGCUGCUGAUAGUAAAUCACUUGAUUUAUCAGAAAUACCUGUACCAUUUUUAUUACCAACAUCACCACAAUUUAUUGUUACUGAAUUACGUGAUGGAUCGAUUAUACCAUCAAAAGGUAAACCAUUAAAAUUUACUGUUCUUGAUCGUGAAGGAAAUACCAAAGUUUGUAUUUAUAAACAUGGUGAUGAAUUAUUACAAGAUGCAAUGUGUGUAGCUGUUAUGAAAGAAAUGAAUGCUAUAUUUAAAGAAGAAAAUGUUGAUGCUGAAGUUGUUCUCUAUGAAGUUCUUCCAGUUGAUAAAAGUGAAGGUCUAAUUGAAUGUGUUGAAAACGCACAUCCAUUUAUUGAAUUUAAAAAAACAGCUUCUGAUAAUAAAGAUGCAAUAUCAUCAUCAGAUGCAUUAAAAACAUUUAUUGAAAAAUCACCCGAACGAAAAGGAAAUUUAUUUCGAACAUUUCUUGGUUUUGUUGUUUCAGGAAUUGUUUUACAAUUAUCUGAUAGACAUGACGAUAAUAUCAUGAUAACUGAAGAUGGUAAAAUAUUACAUAUUGAUUUUGGUUGUGCAUUUGGUCAACAGACAAAACUUGAACGAUUAUUAGGUAUAUUUAUGGAUAUUCCACAUUCACCAUUUAGUGAAGAUGUUUUUAUUGCAAUGAUUGGUCAUGAAAGUGAUAAUGAAAUUAUAACACAAUUAUGGCAAACAAUCAAAGAACAUAUAUGGGCUUGUUUUAAUGCAAUACGUUUACAUAAAAAUCGUUUUAAACCAUUAGGAGAAGAAAAAUUCAAACAAUUAUAUGACACAUUAAUGGUUGGACUUAAUGAUAAUGAUGCUCGCGAUGCAUUAUAUAUUGAAUUAGAAAAAUGUUAUAACAAUCGUUUUAAUUCAGCAAGAGCUUUUUAUUAUAAAAUUCAACAGAAUAUUGUUAGUUAA